CGCGCCUGAAAGCUGUGGUAUUGUGCAGAGUUCAAUUAAGACGAGUCUGCAUACCACAUAUUAUACCAAAUAGUGAAACUCCAAAGAAACAAUGAUUCGCCGUACAGACCAUGACUAUAGACGUGGAAACCAGUGGAACUAUGUGUCGUGGGCCGUCAUUGUAGCACUGUUUGCUAUUUUAAGUGCGUUCACAUAUCUAAAGUUUCAUGAAGAUCGACGGGUGGACGGUAUUAUUGAUGCACUGGCAGCCACGUGUGAGACAACAGAACCAGAACGUAUGGGCAAAUGCUUUAAAGAAUUACUUUCAAAUCGAGCCAACAGCGGAACGUUUCAGCAGUUUCACUUAGAUGAGCUGAAAGAGAAAGUUAAAAACUUAGAAGCUUCUCUCGGAUAUCCAGCCCCCGAUUCAGGGGAGUUUAGAGAGCUAUCGGCGAGACUGGACGAGGUCACUGAGCAGCAGAAAGAGACUACGUCACUGUUAGAGAAAACCAAAACAGAUGUGUCAAGCCUCAGAACGGAACUAACCGAACUCGAUCAACGCAUGAAUGAAAAAAUGAUGAAAUCUAACUCUCUGAUGUCAAAACAACGGUGA